AUGGUACUUUAUAAUAGAGUUAUGGUGCUCGUUCUUGCUAUUGGAGAUUUACACAUCCCUCAUAGAAGUCAUGGACUUCCUAAUAAAUUUAAGAAACUUUUGAUUCCUGGUAAAAUUCAAAAAAUUUUAUGCACAGGCAAUAUAGUUGAUAAGGAGACAUUCGAAUACUUGAGAACAAUAGCUGGAGACAUGAUUACCGUCAAAGGUGAUUUUGAUGAAAACAAUAGCUUACCUCAAGCUAAAGUGAUUACAGAAGGUCAAUUACGCAUUGGUAUUAUUCAUGGACAUCAAGUGAUCCCGUGGGGAGAUGUAGAAUCAUUAGACAUCACAGCAAGACAGAUGGAAGUCGAUAUUUUGCUAUCAGGACACACACAUAAAUUUGAAGCUUAUGAAUAUAAUGGGAAAUUCUUCAUUAAUCCCGGUAGUGCCACCGGUGCUUAUUCUUCUAUGCCUGAAGCAACUGAACCUAUUCCAUCUUUUAUAUUAAUGGAUAUUCAAGGAAACACAGUAGUUACAUAUGUUUACAAAUUAAUAGAUAAUGAAGUUAAAGUUGAAAAAUUGGAAUAUACAAAGUCCACUGCAGAAACAAAAAUGUUAUAA